UCUUAUGUAGCGAAGAAAAAAAUAAACAGAUUCUUCCAGGAACAAAAAUUGGAAAUGCAGUAAACAAUAUACAUAUCAAUUCGCACUUUUCGUUUCACUUCCUUCUAGAAAUCUGAGUAGUGCAUAUAACAGGUUGUCGACGUAAAGAAAUGACCUUAUCUCCCCUUGCGUUGGACGAUUCCAAAGCUGACUGAAUCGUCGAAGUGUUGGCUGUUGCGCACCAACAUUUAACAGCAGAGAGGAGAGGCCUAAACCAGUCAUUACUAUUUAAUGUAUAUAUAUAUAUAAACGAUGUUUUUGGCAUAACUACCUCAGCUUCAAUAUGAUGCCAGUAAUAUCUCCGGGGGAAGGCUAUUCAAAAUCUCAAGUUUCUGUGAAAACUCGAUCUGGAUCCUUCACAUAUGGAUUUAAGAGCCCAGAGUUUCCAGUUGGUACCUCUCUCAAUGUCAUGAUUACUCAUGUUACCAGUCCACAAUAUUUCCACUGCCAAGGUACGAGAUAUGCACCAGCAUUUGGCCAACUUGCAGACAAGAUUCAUAUGCAUUAUUCCCAAUUGCAACCUGAAGAGGAAAUCUUGAUGUUAGUAUCACCAGGCCAACCGUGCAUAGCUCAAUAUAGCAUGGAUAAAUCGUGGUACAGAGCCAAAGUUAACCGAGAACUGACCAACAAUAUUGUAGAAGUAUUCUUCAUAGAUUAUGGCAACAUUGAACUUGUUCCCAAGCAUCUUAUUAAAGUGACAAAACCAGAAUUUAUGGAGAUGCCUGCUCAAGGAAUUCCAUGUUGUCUGCAUGGAGUCACAAAUGUUCGGAGUUAUUGGUCACCAGAACACAUUGCUCAGUUUGAAGACUUAGUUCUUGAACAGUUUUUCACUGCCACUUUCAAGUCUGUCAGUUCAUCAGGCAUCCAUGCAGUUGAACUGAGUAAAGAUGAAGAUGUCUGUAUCAACCUCAUAUUUGGUCAGCUCACUAACAGUCUUUGUUUAGCUGGUAAUGAUGAAGAUGAUGAUGACGAUGAUCAACUACAAUGUGACCCGUCUCUUCGAUCGGUCAGUGUUGGUCGUGAUAGGUCCAAUUUAAAGGUCACUGUUGCAUCAGAAUCAAGAAAUUCAACAAGCAAAAGAAUCUCACCAAAAGGACGGUCUCCUGUAAAGAAUGGUCGAAGUCAAAGGAAUUUGCUCCCUAAUGUCAAUGGUUCUACAAGUGAUUCAUAUGCAAAUGUGGGUUACCAAAACUACAAAUUAAAUGUUGGUGACAGCUUAGAUAUUUGUAUGAUAUUUUUGAUAAGUCCACAUGAAUUUUGGUGUCAGCCUGUCUGUAUGGGCAAUGCUUUGAAAAGCUUGAUGAAGGAACUGAAUGAAAACCAGUGUGACAAUGCAUAUGGCACCUUUAAGACUAUGCCGCCAUCUCAAACACCAUGUCUAGCUAAAUUUACUGAUGAUGGCAUGUGGUAUCGAGCUGAAAUAGUAGAUGUGAAACAAGACCAAGCAGCCGUUUUCUAUGUUGAUUACGGAAAUGCUGAAAUUUUACCAUUUUCUCAACUGAGAAUGUUGCCACAUCGCUUUAUUGAUGUACCUACUAUAGCUGUGAAAUGUUCACUCAACUUACCUCCCGGAACUAUUUGGUCUGAAUCUCAGAUAAAUGCAUUACAGGACUUAGCACUUGAUCACCGAGUCACUGCAAAAGUAUUGUCAUGUUUACAGAAAACUUACGUCCUUGAAUUGUUUGACCCACUGUCCAAAAAGAAUCUAGUUUCCAUUGUGGAAAAUACAAAUACUUUAAAACCCUUGACCAUAGCGAAUGGUACAAGUUUACCUGUUGUUAUAUCUUGGGUCAAUAGUCCAGAUGCUUUUUGGUUACAACUGGUCAGCAAUGAACAUCAGCUAGAUGAACUAGUACAAAAUAUGCAAGAUUAUUACGACAAAUUAAAAGAAAGAUAUGAAGGCCUUGUAACUGUUGGAACUUUUGUAGUUGCCCAGUUCAGUGAAGACUCUGCAUGGUAUCGAGCAGUUGUUGAAGAGAUAUUUGCUUCUAAUGUACGUGUCCGGUUUGUGGACUUUGGCAACGAUGAAGUUACACCUAUAACUAAUCUGAAACCACUUGUUCCUGUAUUCACCAGACAUUGUUGUCAAGCUGUGCGUUGUCGCUUGAUUGACAUUAAACCAAUCUCUUUUGGAGAAUGGGGACAGGAUGCAAAACUAUUUUUGGAAAACAUUGAAGAAAAUGUCCUGUGUACUUUCAAGAAACAGGUUCAAAGUAUAUUCCAUGUAGAACUGAAACUCAAUGGAGUUUCCAUAGCUGAGAAAUUCUUACAGUUAGGACUGGCUGCAAUAGUAAAUGUUAAGCCUCAACAACAUCAGGAACCAAAUGGACAUCGCCAGUCAAAAAAUAUCAUUCAAACUUACAAAGUUAUACAACCACGUUUUGAUAAACCAGCUGCUGUAGUAGUCUCUUACUACACUUCCAUUUUUGAUUUCUGGUGCCAGUUAGUUGGUUUUUCUGAGGAAUUAGAAAUGCUGAUGGAUUCAUUGGUGGCAGAUGGCAACUCCUCGACUCUUCCCCAUAUUAAACCAGGUGAUCUGGUUGUUGGCAACCCAUGUAUUGCCAAAAACUUGGGGAAUAAGACUUGGUACCGAGCACUAGUGCUCGACAUACAACACAACAAUGUUGAUGUUCUCUUUGUCGAUUAUGGAAAUACUGAGAGAGUAACCUUUGAGAAUAUUCGUCAGAUGACUUCCAAAUAUAUGCAACUACCUCGGUUAGCUUCCCACUGUAAGUUGUCUGAUGUAUAUUCUCACCUCUCUAUUGUAAAUGGUGUUUUUUCAGAACUUGUUCUCGAAAAAUCAGUACAGGCCAAGUUCUUAAAUUAUGACCAGACUACUGAAAUUUAUGAAGUGGAUCUGAUUGUGGACCAUAAUACAUCUAUUGUUGUCCACUUAGAACAGUUCAUAUCUAGCUCUGCUGCUCAGACAUCAACUGCUCUUCACUUACCUGAUACAAUAUCACGAAGUAAUUCAAAGCUUUCCGUUAUUUCCAAUGACGAUAAACUACCAACUGGAGACAUCAAAGAAAUCUCUGUUUCCUAUGUAUACACACCAGAAUGUUUUUAUGUCCAGUUUUUAGAUGAUGAUGAUGUGAUAGAAAGCUUAGCUGACGAAUUAAAUAGUGAAUAUUCGAAGCAGUAUUGGUUGGAGAAGUCUUUGACCUUAGUUGAAGUGGGAAUGUUUUGCUGUGCUAAAUAUUACCUUGAUGAUCAAUGGUAUCGUGCAGUUAUAGUUGAUUACACUACUGAUGAUGCUGCUGUUCGUUUUGUUGAUUAUGGUAAUCAGGAAAGAGUUUCCCUCCAAGGCAUCAAACCACUCGCUGAAAAGUUUCAGUCUAUUCCAUUUUUGGCUUAUAAAUUUUCUUUGGCUAAUGUAAUGCCCAUUGAAGAGGAAUGGUCAAGAAAUGCCUGUGAUAUAUUUGAAGACUUAGUUUUCAGCAAAACACUAACCAUCCAAAAUAUUGGCCAAGGAAUGUGUAUUUUGAUUGAUGAUGGUAACAACAUUGCUUCUCUCUUUAUCAAAUCAGGAUGUGCUAAGAAUCUUAUCACUGAAUCAGCUAUGCUGACACAACCGUCCAGUGCUGUGGAGCCACCAAAAUCCUACUUGGAUGUCAUAUUUGAAGAUGAAAAUGUUUUUGAAGCUAAAGAUUCAAUGCCAGAUGUGUUGUUUGUUUCAAAACUUUUUGCUAACACUGCUGUGCCUUCUGAAAAAGUUCAGUGCCGCAUGACACAUAUCACAGACAGUAAAAAGCCUGGAAUUUUCUAUAUCAGGCUUGCAACCAUGGAAGAACAGUACUCAGAACUGUCCAAAAAACUCUGUUGUCAACCAGUCAAUUACUGUGGCCCAUCACUUAAAAUAAAUACCCUCUGUAGUGUGUUUAACCCCAAUUCCUCUAAUUUAUGCCGUGGUGUUAUUAUUAGUGCAAAACCUAACCUCUUACUUGACAUAAAAUGUAUUGACACUGGAGAGUAUUUGAAAGAUGUUCCUGCAUCUUCUGUACUUAAUAUUACUGCUGAUACCAACUUGACUACACUUCCUCCCCUUGCUCUGCCAUGCACCUUAAAAAGUUGCCAAAUGUGGAAUGACCGCCUGCAAAGCAGGUUCCAUCUCUCUACAAAUGCAAAAUCCCUGUUUGUAAGCUUUGAAUCUAAAUCUAAGCCAUAUCUUGUUGAACUCUACUCUCUAGAUGGACAGUUACUUGCUGAAACUGUUUCUAAUCAGGUCUCAAUGCAAAAUAUUAUCCAAAACCCUAAUACAGAUAAACAUAUUCUUCAGCCAUUGGAUCUUCUUCAGUUUGAAUGCCUUGGUGUAUAUGUAACCCACCUAGUUACACCUGAGAACUUUUGGUGUCAGCCUGAAGAGAGUGUUGUUUCUCUGAAACAGCUUGAGAAAGAAAUGAACCUGUAUUGUAGCAAUUGUGAUAAAGGGAGUAAGGCUGUGGAUCUCCAGCUGUCCUCUCUGUGUGUUGUCAGGUCUGCUAAAGAUGGUAAAUUUUACCGGGGCAAAGUACAAUCUUUGAAAAAGUUUAGCUGUGAUAUUCUACUUGUUGAUUUUGGUAAUACAGAAACUGUUGAACGCAAAAGCAUUUGGCCAUUGCAUAAAGACUUUACAAAACUCCCAAUGCAAGCAUUUGAAUGUCAUUUGGCCUAUGUGGAAGGCAAAAAUAAUUCAUGGUCCCAGAACUCUUUCAGUAUCUUUCAGAAUUUAUGCCUAAAUCAGUUGAUGACAGCUGAAAUUUGCAGCAUUCUGCAGCACCCUGGUGGUACAGGAUAUGUGAUAAACUUAACACUGAAAGGUAAGAAUGUUGCUGAACUUCUUGUAGAACGAGAAAUAGCUGAAGUCUAUGACAAAGUUGAACUUUCAAACGAUGUUAUUGUUGACCGUUCUGUUAUGGAUGUAAUUGCAUGGCUGCAGAAACAACAGUACCGGUGGAACCUGGUCUGUGGAGAAUUGCUGAAUAUUCAAAUCUGCAGUGUUGUAUCUCAAAAGGAAUUCUGGAUAAAAAUGUUUCCAAAAGUGCCUAUUGUUGAUAAGCUAAAAGAUCUAAUGGAAAAAAUUUACCGAAGUUUAGCUCCUACUGAAGCUGCUGUAAGUGAAUACCAAAUUGGUGUUUUAUAUGCUGUUGUUGCUCCUGAUGAGAAUGUUUAUCGAGCCAUCCUAAAAGCUGUCACCAAAGAAGAUUUAACAGUUUUUGAUAUUGACUGUGGUCUUACAAAAGUAGUACCUAGGGACUGUCUCAAAGAAUUGUUUCAUUUUCUUGCUGACUUACCACCUUUAGCCAUCCAUUGUGAAAUAGCCGAAGACCCAACUUCUGAAUCCUUUGUAUCAGAUUUAUGGACUGGACAGAUGAAGGUCAAAGAGUGUAAGGAAGACAACCUCUAUGUGGUGUCCUUAAUACCUGCAGAAUUAUCUUCUAGUCAUAACAGGUAUUUAGAACCAACCUAUAAUUCAGGCUUCACUAUGGAAGUUAAAGUUUGUUUCACAACGAAUCCUCAAGAUUUCUGGUGCCAGUCAUCUGAUUCCUAUGGUCUUGAUAGCUUAAUGAAUCAGUUGCAGAUUUACCAAGAUGAUGAUAUCAUCCCAACUGCAGAGAUCUAUGUAGGAUUACCAUGCCUUGCCAAAUACAGUGAAGAUGGUGCUCUUUAUCGAGCUGAGGUUGUCUCAGUCAAUGUUGCCUCAUCAUCUGUAGAGGUGAUUUUCUGUGAUUAUGGUAAUAUUGAGUCAGUAAUGAUCACUGAGUUGAUACCAAUUCCAGAAUGCUUCAUGAUUCUCCCAAAACAGGCUUUGCACUGUAGUUUAGCUGACGUAUCUCCAAAAGGUGACAGUUACUGGGAUGAAGAUAUGUGUACUGGUUUUGAAGAGAUUGUUUCUGAAAAGGUGUUUACCAUGUCAGUUCUGGCUGAAAUGGCUAACAGUGUUUAUAUGGUCAACUUAAAAGAUGGUAAUGACAAACUUCUUCAAGAAAUUCUGAUUGAGUGUGACAUGGCCUCAGGCCUCACAGCACAAAUGUUUAGUGAAUGUGGAGAAAGUAAUUCAGAUCUUCAGUCAGCAAAUCAUCCAGUAACAGACAACAAAUCACAAGAUACUGAUUCUCCAGGCGAUGAUGAAUCACAAGAUCUUCCUCUCUUGAUGCUGAGCCCUCAGAAACUGAAUCAAAUGCAUAUAUGUCCCCAGAAACUGAAGCAGUUACAUCUAUGUCUCCAGAAAUUGAAGCAGUUACAUCUAUGUCUCCAGAAACUGAAGCGGUUACAUCUUUGUCCCCAGAAACUGAAGCGGUUACAUCUAUGUCCCCAGAAACUGAAGCAGUUACAUCUAUGUCCCCCAAAACUGAAGCAGUUACAUCUAUGUCCCCAGAAACUGAAGCAGUUACAUCUAUACCUCCAGAAACUGAAGCCGUUACAUCUAUGUCCCCAGAAACUGAAGCCGUUACAUCUAUGUCCCCAGAAACUGAAGCCGUUACAUCUAUGUCCCCAGAAACGCAAGCAGUUACAUCUAUGCCUCCAGAAACUGAAGCAGUCACGCCUAUAUCCCCUGAAGGUGAAGCAGUUAUGUCUGUGACCCAAGAAACUGAAUCAACCCUUCAGCGUACAGCUGUGAAAAUGACAGAAAAUGAAGAUUCUGAUUUGGAUGUCUACCAAGAUACUUUUGAUGACUUUGACAUUCCAAACUCUU